GGUCGUUUGUUUUCGAUAAUUGUCCGCCAAAAAUAUCCAAAAAUGGUUCGCGAGUGCGUGGAGGAAUCCUUUGGACCGAAAAAAAUGACCAAAAAGUCCAUCGUGGAUUCGUGCAAGAAAAACAAGCUGUACAUCACCCCGCACCUGAACGAUAUCCUCUAUUUGAACUACUCGGGAUACAACGCAAUUGAGUCCUUGGAAGAGUAUGUAGGGUUGAAGUGCCUUUGGUUGGAGUGCAAUGCCAUAUCCGAGAUCAAGGGGUUGGAUAACCAAACGGAGCUUAGAUGUCUGUAUUUGCAGAAUAAUUUAGUUACGAAAAUUGAAAAUUUGGAAUUCUGCAAGCAACUGGAUACUCUGAAUUUGUCGCAUAAUCAGAUCAGUAAAAUUGAGAAUUGUGGUUACGAGAUUCUCCCGGUGCUGAACACUCUCAACAUGUCGCAUAACUACUUGAAAACUGCUGAUAGCGUGGAUGAACUACGCCACUGUCACUUCGUUUCGGUUUUGGACCUCUCACACAAUCGUAUCGAGGAUAUCGCCAUCGUAAAGAUUUUGGGAGACAUGAAGGAACUGCGCGUACUUACCAUGACGGGAAACCCGGUGGUCAACGAGAUCCCAUCAUACCGGAAGACGCUGAUUCUGGAAUGUAAAAAUCUCACUUAUUUGGAUACUCGCCCAGUGUUUGAUCGUGACCGGGCAUGCGCCGAAGCUUGGAAACGAGGGGGCUACGAAGAAGAACGCAAGGAGCUUCUACGUUGGAAAAAGGAAGAGCAGAGAAAGAUUCGCCGAAAUAUCAAUGCCACCUUGAGGAUGCGCCAUCGGGGUGAUGGGGAGUCAGAAUUAUUGAAAACAAGUAGUGACGAAGAGGAGAAGGUGGAGACCAAUGCAUCCAAAGAUGCUAAAGAUUUCCAGUCGAUGCUGGAAAUCAAUCAGAAGACGAACGAGCAAGCAUGGGCUGAAGUAGAAACAAUGUUAUGCACUACUUCCAGUGCUACGGGAUCAACGGAGAUUUUUCAAAGAUUUUCUGUCAACAGAGAGAGCGGAGCUGAUGGCGACGACUUUGAUGAGAAGGAUAAUGAAGUUGAGAACAAUGAACAUGCGGAAGAGCUUCUAGCUGUAGAAACUGGAUUUCAGCCGAAGAAAAAGUUAAUUGAAGAAAUCCUUUCGGAUGAUGAAGGAUUGAACCAUAAUUAUGAUACAAACGAGAAUGACGCACCCUUAGCUGAAGUUAAAGAAAUACCAUCUGAUGAAGAUCAGGAAGCAAAUAGCAAUGACUCGACUGCAGCUGAUGACCGUGAAUCAUUAAUGCAUACCGAAAAGCACCCAUUGGAGAUAUUGAAACCGUUGAAGACUUUAAUUGCCGAAGAUCCUACCGAUAGAUCACCCGUGUCGCAGCGCAGUUGUGACACUGAACCAAAAACCUUGAUCGAAGAGAUCGAUCCAUCUGAUGUGGAGGAGGAACAGAAAGAAGAUGUACCAUCUAGCAAGAACAUGGAAAAGGUGAUCUUCACCGAGCAGGAAGACGAUACGCUUAAUGUGAUGAUCGAAAGCAGUGAAGGAAUUUCCAUAACGAUGGAGUCCAAAGAAGGUGAACUGAUCAGCAAAAUAGAGUCUCGCCCGCCCUCUACUGAAUGCAAGAAAUACAAAGAGGUGACCUUGGAAGAAAUGGACAAUUCCGAAUCGGAACCCACGGAUAUUACGAAUGACGAUCGCGAAUGCAGGAGCAGCAGCAUUUCGGUGACUUCUGGCACGGACUCUUCGGACAGUGAAGACAUGUUCGAUAAGAUCAUUCCGAACAAACAUCCCAAACUUGCUACAAACUAUUCGACCACUUCUACAGACUCGGAGGAUGAACCAGUAACUUCAAAGCAUCCGACCUGCUUGGAGAAGGAUAAAUCUAUUGCGGAAUGCAUUGAUGAGUACAAGAACUUCUUCCUGGCGGCAAAAGUUUUGGACACUAAGUCGGAGGAGGAUAGCCGAUGCAAGAUUGCGCGACCCCAAACAGCCAAGUCCAAGCGUACCGAGCCAAUUAUCUACGAAGGUGUCCUUAAGAGCAUGGAAAGAAGCUGCAAUGCGAUUAAAGUAAAAGAAGCAAAAAUGGAAGCACAAGAAUCGAAAGAGGGAAUGAUUGACCGCUUGAUCGAGCGACAGAACUCGGUUGAUAUGAACUUGGAGGAGCAGAAGAUUUCAAUUGGGGGACAGGAACACGACUUCAAUGAGUACAGAUUGCAAACGUUCAGAAAUGAUCAGGAAAAGCUGCAGAGCUUGAUUGAUCGAGUGACUGCCCAAAAGGAUUUGUACAAUACUCAUAUUGAUCAAAUCCACGAUCAACUGUCGAACAUCAUGGAAGACUACGAUCAGAUCGGAUUGAAGCUCAGGAAAGUUGAUGAUCUCAUACAGAACAUCAACGAAGAGCCAAAGGUGCAGAACUUGCGUAAACCAUCUUCUGAAUUUGAAGAAGAUAUCCCAGAGGAAUUGGAGGCAGAGCUGUCGUCUGAGCAGGAUGACGAGCCUGUUGCAGAGGAAUGCGUUGCACAGCAAAUUAUAAAGAAGAUGGUUGCUCAACCAGAGAAAAAUCACGCCGAAGGAUCUAAGCCAAAUUCAGAUGAAUCCUCGGAAGCCUCUUCCGAAGAGGAUUUGACGGAAUUCAUAAGGCCAGAUCAUGAUCUUUUGGAAAUUUUAGCCUCUCCCAAGCCCGUACCAAUUUUGGAGCCAGAAUUGAAACCCAAUGUGAUCAACGAGUUUACGCAGGAUCCAGUCUAUCGAAAAUUCAUCGCAAUUCAGGAGGAAAUCGAUCGACUGACUGAAGACGAGCUUUAUGACAUUGUCACGGAAGCAACGGAUGAGUUCUCGCAAGAAGCACAAGUCGAGCAGUGUUUGAAUAGCCAGGUUGAUCAGUACUGGAAGCAAUUUGAUGACAUUGAAGACUUUCGCAACAACAUCAACCUAAAUUCUCAUCCGAUCAUCCAAAAGUUUCGCCAGUUUAUUCGUUGUCACGGUGAGGAUGAAGAUUCCAGUGAUGAUACUGUUGCGAAUCUAGAUAAGGCUUGCCGAAUGCUGGAAAGAAGGUUGUCCAAUCAGCUGUUUGAUGAAUAUUUGAUACUUAGCCGGAAAGUGAGUAUCGCUACGACUGGAGGGGAGUCCAGCGCAAACGAAAUCGAGUUGAUUGAGGUUGAUGAAGGUGCCGAGGAACGUGCAGUGGAAGUUGUUGAAAAGACAACGGCUUGGGUAGAACCCGGAGAUAUGGAAAAUGCUGCUGAGCAAGAAGAAGAACAACCUGUACCACUAGAUAGUCCACGGAAGGAUUUGGAGGAUAUUGAAUCCAAGCCAGUAGAUGGCGAUGAUUCUGAGGACCCUUUCUUUCCGAAAUGCGUUAACAGUUGUGAUGAAAAUGAAGCCUUUUAG